ACGAAGUUAUUUUCUUACUUGAUUGACAUAAAGGAAAAAAGUAAUAAAAAAUUGGAUAAAGGCCCCAAUGGAGCGUCACACAAACACCAAAAAAUCGACAAAGCAAGGCCCAAAAGAUCCCCGCCCGCCGACCACGUCCGAACGCCACUCGUCUCAAGCCACGUGGCGCACGAGCGCAUCCCACACAGCUGUCUUGGGACCCGCUCCUGUCGGAAUUCCUUCUCAUCCGCGUCGUCCCUUUGACGUGCGUCCCGUCUCGCCCUUCCUUCCUUCUUAUCCACCAAAGCGACGAUGCAGCGCACUCGAGAAUCCAAGUCUGCCCUCUAACCUACAGCCAACGGCAGGUCUUCUUCCUCCUUACCUUAUCUCAUUCCUCUCCUCCUCAUCCUAAUUAUUCUUUGUCCACCCUUCGGUAACUCUUAACCUUCUUAUCUGCUUCAUAUGCCCAUCUAUAAAUACCCUUCCCUUCACUUCACGAGAGAGAUGGAAGAAGAGAAGCAGAAGCUUUCUUCGGGGUUUUAGCUCUUUCCGCUUUAAUAGACUGCACUUACUUAGGUUUACAGUAUCAUGAGGCGACAGCUACUACCGGGACUACCGGAUGACAUAGCGCGGGAGUGCCUCGUCCGCAUCCCUUACCGCGGCUUUCCUACGGCCCGUUCCGUUUGCCGCCUGUGGAAGCGAGAGCUUGACUCGCCCUAUUUCCACCGUAUCAGGAAAGCCGCCGGCUUGACCCGAUCGGUCGUGGCCUUUGCCCAAGCGGAAUCGGCCCCCGCCACUGGGUCGUCUGCGGUUAAGAGCGUCGGAGGCUCCACACCUUCUUACCGCCUCUCGCUCUUCGAACCUGCCACCGGCGCUUGGAGCGUCUUGCCGCCGGUCCCCGGCCUCCCCCACGGGCUGCCGUUCUUCUGCCGGAUGGCGGCUGCCGAGCGGGAGCUGGUGGUGGUCGGGGGAUGGGACCCGAAGACAUGGGCCGCCUCUGACGGGGUCCACGUCUACGACUUCGCCACUGGGUCGUGGCGCCGAGGGGCCCCCGUGCCGGGCCCCCGCCGGUCUUUCUUCGCGUGCGCCACGGCCUCGGUCGGUGGCCGGGUGGCCGUGGUCGUGGCCGGAGGCCACGACGAGGAGAAGAACGCGCUGCGGUCAGCCAUGGCGUACGACGUGGCCAGCGACACGUGGGCGCCACUGCCGGACAUGGCGAUGGAGCGGGAUGAGUGCCGCGGGGUCUGCCUCGACGGGCGGUUCUACGUCAUCGGGGGGUAUUCGACGGAGGCGCAGGGGCGGUUCUCGAGGACGGCGGAGGCGCUCGACGUGGCGGCGGGGCAGUGGGGGGCGAUGGAGGAGGACAAGCUGGACGAGGGGACGUGCCCGAAGACGUGCGUCGUGGGCGGGGACGGAAGGCUGUACAUGAGCCGGGGGGAUCAGGGGGGGCAACUGUCGGUCCUGGACGCAGCAGGGUGGAGGGCGGUGGCGGAAGUGCCAGGGGACGCGAGGGUGGCGCCUGAGCUGGUGGCGUGGGACGGCGGCCUGAUGGUGAUGGGGUCGGAGACCCACGGUGGGGCGCAGACGGGUUACAUCAUGGAGGCGGGGACGGCGAUGUGGAAGAAGGUGGAGGUGCCAGAAGAAUAUUCCGGCAACAUCCAUGCCGGUUGCUGCCUCGAGAUCUAAUUACAUGCACAAGUCUUCGGUGCCACCGUCUCCGCUACCAUUCAUUCCCUGCCACCAGUUUUGUUCUCCCUUAUCUGAGGACCUGUACAGCUUUUUGGUGCACAGUGGCGAGUCUAUCUUCGACAUGGAAGUCUCCGGCGCUAUAAGAAAAGAUGUGGAUGGGGGACAACGAUGCAAUCCACAUCCUAAAUGGGGGGGAGACAUCUUGGGAUAUCUAAGUAUUAUCCUACAAUAAUAUAUGAUCCCCUGAUAACCUUCUCAUCA